UGCAGUCGUUUACAUAUCUGUGCUUUUGAACGAAGUUGGUUGACCGUGAAUAUUGUUUUGUUAUGCUGUAAACUGGAAGGGUAGCGCUAUGUUUAAAAAUACGUUUCAGAGUGGAUUUUUAUCAAUUUUGUACAGCAUUGGAAGCAAGCCUUUACAAAUUUGGGAUAAGAAAGUGAGAAAUGGGCAUAUAAAAAGAAUAACUGACAAUGACAUUCAAUCGUUGGUCCUGGAAAUUGUUGGAACCAACGUUAGCACCACCUACAUAACCUGUCCAGCUGACCCUAAGAAAACUCUUGGCAUCAAGCUACCCUUCUUGGUUAUGAUCAUAAAGAAUUUAAAGAAGUACUUUACUUUUGAAGUGCAGAUUUUAGAUGAUAAGAAUGUACGCAGACGCUUUAGGGCCAGUAAUUACCAAUCCACAACACGGGUAAAACCAUUCAUCUGUACAAUGCCAAUGAGGUUGGAUGAUGGGUGGAACCAGAUUCAGUUCAACUUGGCCGAUUUUACUCGCCGUGCCUAUGGCACUAAUUACAUAGAAACUCUUCGAGUCCAAAUUCAUGCAAACUGCCGUAUCAGACGAGUAUACUUUUCAGAUAGGCUUUACUCUGAAGAUGAACUACCAUCAGAAUUCAAACUUUUCCUUCCAAUUCAGAAUAAGGCAAAGACAUGAAGAUUAAUCACAAGGCAGUAAAGAGUUCGGUGUUGCCUGGCAAGUGGAAAAUAAAAUAUAAGUAAUGUAUUUCACAUUUUACUAUAAUGAAAUAAAAUUAUAAACAUUUUGUAUUUUAUUUAAAUAUGAUUAAAUGUCUAUAUCUUGUAUUGUGUACAAUUGUUCCUGCAAGUUUAUUUUAAUUCACUGUCACAGUUGGUACCUGAAGUGGAGGAAAUUAUAACAUUUGGAGAUGUUGGUUGUACCUUAAAUGAUAAUAUUAGGAGUUGCUGAAAGUUUCUUAAAUUAUAAUAUUUGGAGAUGUUGGUAGUAUCUUAAACGAAAACAUUUGGAGAUGUUGAUAGUACCUUAGAUGUAACAGAAUUAAUUGCUUUAACUGCUUACCCCAUCAGGUUGAUGAUUUUUGGAAGAAGAAAAAUGUGAUACAUUUCCUCUUCAGAACGAUCUGAAAUAUGAAGAUGCUUUAUCACCAUUACUUUUCAACUUGGUGUAGAAUAUUCCAUCAUGAAGUUCCAAUGGAACAGAGGAAAUGAAAUUGAAUGGGACACAUUAACUUGUUUUAUGCUGAUGAUAUUCGUUUAUUGGGUGUGAACAUAAAUAAAGACACAGAAGUUCUGUUACAUGCUAGUAAGGAAGUUGGUCUAGAAGUAAACACAGAGAAAACAGUGUAUGUUCAGUUUUGUCUCCAGAUUUCAGGACAAAAUUAGUAGAUAGCUAAUAACUAACUAACUAGAUGGCAUAGGGAACCCCAAGGUUCAUCACUGAAUUAACCAAUGCCCUCAAACUGUCCCUACCCUGGGCCAGCAAAAUCCAAUUGCCUUCAACUCCUAUCUCAAAUAGAUUCUUUCUGGUAUUGUCCUCCCAUCUACGUCUUUCCAGCAGUCUCCUACCUUUAGGCUUCCCAACCGAUACCCAGUGCACAACUCUUGCCCCCAUCCAUGCAUGCCACAUGCCCUGCUAAUCACAUUUUUCUUGACUUGAUGACCCUAACAAUGUUGGGGAGGAGUACAAAUUUUUAAGCUCAUCAUUAUGCAGUUUUCAAUAUACCUCAUCCUCUUCUCUCCUAGGCCCAAAUAUUUUCCUCAACACCCUAUUCUCAAACACCUGCAAUCUGUUUUCCUGGCUCAGAGUGAAAAACCAUGUUUCGCAACCAUACAAAAAACAACAGGCAAAAUUACAACUUUCAUAUUUUAAUCUUUAGGUACUUAAAAAUCAGACGGGAAGACAAUAUAUUUUGAACUGAAAAGUAGCUAGUAUUUCCAGAAUUUAGUCUCCUCCUGAUUUCCUCAUGAAUAUAAUUGGGAUUUAUUAUUGCUGUUCCCAAAUAUUUGAACUUUAUCACACUUUCAAAGGAUUUAUUAGCCACCCUAACAUGAUUUGCCUGCCUGUCUGCUGAUGGGAUACUAACACAUACUUAGAUUUUUCUAAAUUUAUUUCUAGGGCCACCUUUCUAUUAGCUUCUAGGAAAACUUCUGUGUUCCUCUUUUUUGUAUUUAUAUCAUUGCCCAAUAACUUAACAUCUUCAGCAUAUGCCAACAGUUGAUGUGUCUCAUUCUGUUGCAAACUCUCCUGCCUAUCUUGGACUUUUCUGAUGGUGUAUGCUAACGCAAAGUUGAAGAGCAUUGGAGACAAAGCAUCUCCUUGUUUCAGACCGUUCUUGAUGGAAAAUGACAGAUAAAUAUUUACCUGACGAAUUUUGUUACUGGUUUCAUUUAAGCACAUUUGUAUUAGACUCACUAGCUUUGGUAUACCAAAUUCAAUGAGAAUAUUGUAUAACACUUCUCUCUUUACAAAGUCAUAGGCUUUUUUGAAAUCUGUAAAUGACUGAUAUACAGUCCCAUUGUACUUCCAUUUUUUCCCUUGUAUCUGACGAAUGCAGCAUAUCUGAUGAAUUGUUGAUCUGUUACACCUGAACUCACACUGAUUAUCCCCAAUAAUUUCAUUCACAUAUGGAGUUAAUCUAGCCAGAAGAACGUUUGAUAGAAUUUUGUAUGAGGUUGAUAGCAGAGAAAUUCCUUGGUAAUUGCUACACUCAGUUUUGUCCCCUUUCUUAUGAAUGGGAAUAAUUAUGGUUUCCUUCCAUUGUUGUGGGAUCUCUUUGUUAUCCCAAAUUAACUGAAUAUGCUUAUGGAUCUUCUUAUGCAACUUUCUGUCACUCACUUUAAUUAAUUCUGCAGAAAGUAUGGUAGUGUUCAAACAUUUGGGAUUGAUGUUAAUCAGAAUUGUGUUCUUGAAGAAAUGAAGAGGAGACUAAAUAUGGAGAAUGCUUGCUACCAUACACUUCAUAAUCUUUUGUCUUUCUGUCAGCCAUCUUGCAAUGCAAAGAUUAAAAUAUACAGAACUAUAGUUUUUGAGUUGUUUUAUAUGGGUGUGAAUCUUGGUUUUUCACAUCUUUCAUUCUCAAUACUGUGCUUAGGCAAAUGUUUGGACCAAAGAAGGUUGAAGUGACAAGAGGUAGAAAACUGCAUAAUCAGGAGCUCCAUAAUUUGCACUUUUCACCAGAUGUGGGUAAAACAAAUGUUGGAAAAUCAGGACUUAACUGUAUAUAGCUUUGCUAGUGGGUGCACUUUUACUUCAAUCACAUUGUUUAUUAGCUAAAGAUGCUGUUGCAGUUUAAAUAUUGCAUUACUUAUUUGCACAUUCUUAAGUAUUUUGUAAAAAAAAAUAGAGAAUAAAGACAUUUUAAAUGCAAAACUGGUUUAAUUCUUGUGUUAGGGUUGUACAAAUGACCAGUUAAUUUUCUUCUAUGUGUUUACUUUCUUUAAAAUAUUUACUACACUGGUAGUAAACUUGUUUAGUGUGGUUGCUUUGAAAGAAACCCACUAAAUGAUAAAAGUUCUUACUUAAAGUUUAAACUGUAAUCUUUAAUAUCUCUUUGUAAUUUGUAGUGUUAAGUUUUUUAGUAAUCCACACAAUGUUAAUUUAAGUUAAAACUUCUGUGAUUUUAAGAAAUAAUGUUGGUACAUGAUUGAUCAAAAUUCUGAUCAGACAAUGUGUUGUAAGUGCACAGAAUAAAAAAAAUGCAGCAAAAGUUUCAUGCAAUAAAGUUUCAAGUGAUGUAUGUA